AUGUGCAAUGGUAAGUUCAUAGAUAAAAGUGCCGCCGAGUCGUGGGACUUCUUGCAUGAAGUUGCCGAGAAAACUCAGCAAUGGGAGUCUGAUAGAGCACCUAGGAAGUCGACCAUCAGGGGUAAUGUUCAUAAAAUAGAGUCUGACUUUGAGGGUAAUGCUAAAAUAGCAUCAUUGGUUAGGAGAGUUGAGGCUUUAGAACUAGAGAAAAGUGUGAAAUAUGCUGCAACUACUUCUUGCAACCAAGUUGAGGUUUCUAUUUGUGUUGCGUGUAAUAGUUUUGAUCAUCUUGUUGAUAACUGCCCGCAAUUGCAUGCAUUUCAAGAGUCCAGACAUGAACAAGCUAAUGUUUUGUAUCAAAAGCAUGAGCAUAACCCCUAUUCUCAGACAUAUAACCCAGGGUGGAGAAACCACCCUAACUUUUCAUGGUCCAAGGGCCAUGUACAAGGGGGUACAUCGGGAAAUACACAAGGAUAUUCAUAUCCUAGAAACCCCCAAGUACAAUCGCACACACAGUACCCUGUAGAGAAAAGUCCUAGCUUUGAUGAUGGUGUAAACCAAAUGAAUCAAAAUAUUUUGCAAUAUCAGAAGAUGAAUGACCAAAUAUUUGCUAGUCUAGAACUUAAAUUGGGAAAAAUAUGUGAUGCUCUAAAUGAGAGGGAAAAGGGUAAACUCCCUAGUCAACCUCAGAAAAAUCCGAAAGGCACAUUUCAGGCAAGUACAUCUAAUUGUAAUGAAACUGCAAAUGAUGUUACUACACUUCGUAGUGGUAAAAUAAUUGAUAACAAUGUAAGCAUGUCUGAAAAGAGUGAGUCUGUGUCUAAGUCACAGUCGCAUGAUACACCAGUUGUUGAAAAUCAAUCUGAGCAUGUACCUAGAUCUAAAAAAUCUGAUGAUGUUAAUGUUUCUGUGCCAUCAAAUGUGCCUGUAGCUCCUUUUCCUCAAAGGUUAGAACAACAAAAGAAAGGAACGCAAUAUAACGAGAUAUUGGAAUUGUUCAGGCGAGUCAAUAUUAACAUUCAAUUUCUCGAGGCAAUUAAGCAUAUCCCUGCUUACGCUAAGUUCUUGAAAGAUCUGUGCACACAAACGCGAAAGCUUAAUGUGCAUAAGCAUGCCUUUCUUGCUGAACAGUUGGGUCUUGGAGAGUUAAAACCAACACCUACAACUCUGCAAUUGGCGGACAGAUCCGUCAAAGUGCCACGUGGUGUGGUAGAAGAUGUUCUAAUCAAGGUUGAUAAGUUCCAUUUUCCUGCGGAAUUCAUUGUAAUAGAUACUCAUCCUGUGCAGAACCCAGACUGUCACAUUCCUUUGAAUGUUUUUAAUGCUAGCCAACAACAUUUAGAUCUUGAUGAUGAUAAUGAUGUGCAUGAAAUCAACAUGAUUAAAAGUUUGAUUCAUGAUUCGUUGUCUAGUAGCAUGUCUGUUGACCCUUUGCAUGCUUGUUUGAAUAAUUUUAACUUGGAUCUGUUUGAUGAUGAAUACAUAAGUGAAGUGAAUUCUUUGAUUGAAUAUGCACCUCUCAUGAACACCACCAAAUGGAAAGCUAGAGUGGAGCCAAUUCCACUCUCUAAAUCCAAGUCUGUCCCGUCUCUUGUUGAGCCACCAAAGCUUGAACUGAAACCAUUUCCUGAUACUCUUAAAUAUGCAUUUUUGGGAUCUUCUAAUACUUUGCAUGUAAUCCAUUUCAUCAGCCUUAGAUACAGAACAGGAGAGUAA